UAUCAAGAUCUUUUCAAGAUAUCACAAAUUUAAUGAUCAAUAUUGAGCAAGAUAAAGAAAAUCAACAAAAUAUAGUAACUAUUGAAAAUAUUGAAGGGUUAGAAGAUAAUGAAAAUAUCGAGAAUGAUUUAGACGAUUUAUAUCAAGAUUACGAAUUAUAUCUUACUAAAGCACUUAAAAUCGUUCAAGAGCAAAGAUUAAAACAAAAUUAUAGAUGGGCAAAAUCUGUAAAAAGCAGCUUUGCAGGGUUACAAAAAAUGAUAAUGGAUAUUGAAGCAUAUAGGAGAAGAACAACAAAUCCACGAACAUGGAAAGAUCAUAACCACCAUACGAUGUUUUUGAAUGGAACUUAA